UUUAAUAUAUUUUAAUUUUAAUCGUUUUCGGUUUAUUGACGUGGUGAUUUAGCUUAUAGAAACAGAGCAGAUGGAUAAAUAAUUGAAAAGAAAAAGGUGCAAUAUUGUUGUGAAAAUCUCUAAUGUACACUAAUGUACGCAUUCGGAGGAAGGAGCGAAGGAAGAGGCAGAGAGACAGAGAGAGAGAGAGAGAGAGAGCGGGGAAAAUAACAGUUGAGAAUAGGCUGCGCUUGAAAAGGGAGGGUUAAGGGAAGAAAAAUGGAAAUGUUAUUUUAUUCUCAAUAAUUGGUUUAAUUUCGAAAAAAGAAAUCAAAUGGAUUUAGGCGAGCUGUGGGCGAUCUUCGGUCCCGGUGUCGCGGGCGCCGUAUUCGGUGCCGGCUGGUGGUUUUGGGUCGACGCCGUCGUUUGUAGCUCCGUUAAUAUCUCUUUCGUCCACUAUUUACCUGGAAUAUUUGCAUCUAUCGCGGCUUUGAUGUUUAAUUGUGUUAGAAAAGACGAUAUUGAUUACUCUCCGUAUGAUGAAGGCGAGUGGAGGUUGAAGCUCUGGCUUUUCCUUGCUUAUGUUGUCUCCUUCGUUUCACUGGCUGCUUCAGUGGGCCUAUUGAUACAGGACUCACUAGUGACAUCUGGUCCUUCAUUGUGGACUGGUACUGCAGGUGUCUUACAGUGUGUGUUCGUAUUAAUUAGUGGACUUAUAUAUUGGACUUCUCACUCGGAAUAACAGACAGUGUAGCUUGGAAUCACAAGCGAGUCUUCAAUAGUAUGUGCAGGUAUCAUCUGUCAUUUUAAUUAAUCAAUGGUGCAAUUAGAAAGGAUUUUUCACCUUCUUAAAUCUUGUACCCUGUAGUAAGUGUCUUGAGUGUGAAAACUAAGAUUCAUCCUGCUCUUUUGAAAUUUAUGAUUUUUCAACCACGAAACGAGCGCUUGAAGCCCAUUUGUUGUUUUCUUUAUUACCAGUUCUAUAUAGGGUCGAAUCAUCCAUGCCCCCUUUUAACAAAA